ACUACUAGCGGUUUUUUCUUCCCAACAUUUUAAAAACAGUAGUUAAAGCUGUAAACUAACCCAAUCUUUCUUCACUCUCUCCAAAGCUCUAUAAAUUAAGUACCUUACCCUUCACUUUUGUUCACUCAUUCACUUCUCAUUCUCUCUCUCAUACUGCAUUUUGUCCCUCCUUUCAUCAACCCUACAAAAUCAAAGAAAAGAUGGUUCCAAUAAGUUUGCUCUUGGUUGGAUUUCUUACUAUAUUUUCCUCAGCUUAUGCCUAUGGAGGAGGAUGGAUUAAUGCACAUGCAACCUUCUAUGGAGGAAGUGAUGCAUCAGGAACAAUGGGUGGGGCAUGUGGAUAUGGUAACCUAUACAGUCAAGGUUAUGGAACAAACACAGCUGCUUUAAGCACAGCUUUGUUCAACAGUGGCUUAAGCUGUGGGUCUUGUUUUGAGAUAAGAUGUGCUGGUGACCAUAAAUGGUGUCUUCCUGGUUCCAUUUUGGUUACUGCCACUAAUUUCUGUCCUCCAAACAAUGCCUUACCUAAUAAUGCUGGUGGAUGGUGUAACCCUCCUUUGCAUCACUUUGAUCUUGCUCAACCUGUUUUUCUAAGAAUUGCUCAAUAUAAAGCUGGAAUUGUUCCUGUUUCUUACAGAAGGGUACCCUGCAGGAGAAGGGGAGGAAUUAGGUUUACAAUAAAUGGACAUUCCUACUUCAAUUUAGUCCUAGUAACAAAUGUGGGUGGUGCUGGAGAUGUACAUUCAGUUGCUAUUAAAGGUUCAAGAACAGGGUGGAUGCCAAUGUCAAGAAACUGGGGACAAAAUUGGCAAAGCAACAAUUAUCUUAAUGGACAACCCUUGUCUUUUAAGGUUACAACAAGUGAUGGAAAAACCAUUGUUUCAAACAAUGUUGCCCCUUCUGGUUGGUCCUUUGGUCAAACCUACACUGGUGCCCAAUUCCACUAGACACAUAAUUUAUCAUCAUAUAUAAUACAAUUUAUAUAUAGUAUGUUUUAAUUUAAUUUCCUAAGUUAAGUAUUAGUAUAACUCAAUAGUAUACUAGGGUAUUAAAUAGUAUGAUGAGUUAUUGAAAUUGAAAUUGAAAUUCUAGGGUUAGAAAAUGUGAAGGCCUUUUUUUGAAUUGGCUUUUCAUCAUUUUGAUUGUAGCAAGAUGGUUCAUAUUUAUUUGGGCCAUUUUGAUUAUUGGGGUAUUUUUUUUCUUUUUGAAUUAAUCUUCUGUUGCUAAAAAAGCUUACAGAGAUUAAUUAAUUAAUUAUGGUAUUUUUAUAAUUUAUGUUAGUAGUGUUUUACUAAAUUGGAAGAGGUGGAAAUUAAUACCACCCGCCAUAUUAGUAUUGUUGGAAGCAUUGUUUGCUUCACUAAUUUAUUGUGAGCAACUUUAGCUGAGUAUGUUGGGUUUUGGUGUAUUAAGAGAAUGUAAUUGUAAAUUUUCUUAUUUAUGCAAGUAAUGGAAAUUUAUAUUAA